AUGGAGAUUCCGAUGGACGUGGUGACGGAGGAGAUCCUCACGAGACUGCCUGUUACAUCCGUGAUGAGAUUCAAGUGCGUCUCAAAGCUUUGGUCAUCGCUCAUGAGCUCACGAUAUUUCAACAACCGUUUCAUGACGGCCCCAAUAUCCCGACCGCAUCGCGGAAUUUACAUGUGUUUGCAGGAUUUCAGUGAUUACCGUAACUCUGUAACGCUAUCAUUGGCUCCUGACACUACUUCCUCCUUUGCAGUUGACCACAAUCAGACCGUCACACAGAAGGGAUGGUACAUGCACCAAAAUCUUGGUGGCUUCAUGUGCUACGUCCUUCUUGCACGGCCGAGGUUUUACAACCCUGCCACCAGAAAACUUGUCACCUUACCCAGCCCCAUCAAAUUCUCCAACCUCAUAAGAGAAUCUUCUCCAGAUAAAGCUUCUAAUAAAGUCCCCAAAUGCUAUUUCGGACACGACCCUGUUAACGACCAGUACACAGUUCUCUUCUCAAUUGGUGUCUAUGUGAACAGUCCGCUAGGGUUCCUAACCGUAAGGUCAGAGCAUCAGGUCUUUGUCAUAAAACCUAACAAAGGAGGUUCAUGGAAAAAGGUGGCUCCUCCACCGGGCUUUCGUCCUCACAUCCCGGCCGAAGGAGGAGUGUGUAUCGAUGGGGUUAUAUAUUACUUGGGUUGGUAUGGUGCGGAUUUUUGUAUGCUUGUGAGUUUUCACGUUAGAUCCCAAGACUUCAAAACCAUCUUUUUACCUCGCAGGGAGCCGCCUGUAACUCACGUUGAAAAACUGAGUCUUAUAGAGUAUGGUGGCAAAGCAACUAUCAUUGACCAAACUAGUCUUACAGACAAGGGUAGGCUGGAUUUAUUGGCUGUGGAAGGCUCUAAAUGGUUGCGGAAGACUCGGCAUUUAAAGCCUUCUCAGCUGCAUUUGGUGGAUAAAAACACUAUAUUCCAUGUCAAAGGUACUACUCAAGAUGGCAAGGUUUUCUUCAUACCACCCGAUUUGCUCUCUCCCUUUCACAUUCUCUCUUAUGAUAUUCAAAGCAACGAUAUGAGAAAGAUCGAUAUCAAAGGUGUGCCGGACCACUGGUUUAGUAAGGACAAAUCCACCGUUGAGUUGGUGUUGGCGGAUCAGAUUGAGAGUCUCGCCUACUUGGAGACUUAA